UUCUCCAGUCGUCCAGCGACCAUUGUUGUUAGAACGAAGAUCUUUGGCCGGGCGGGUGGUCGUCCGCGACGUCGCGCCGACGCUACCUGCCCGCCCGUCCGUCGCCGAUGUGGUCUUUGAUCAGUGUUUAUCGCACAGGAAUGACGGACGCCGGAGCCUCGACCGCGGCGUUUGCCUUCGCCGCGCUGAUGGGCUGCGGAUCGCCGAAUCAGCCAGCGUUCUCGAUGGAGUCACUGCUUAAGCCAGAGAUCUCCGAUUUCUCCCCGAAGGCCACCACUAACAACGAAGAGUCUACUAUAUGCUCGGUAUGUUGUGAUGAAGCAAGCGGACGACAUUAUGGCGUCGUUGCCUGCUUUGGUUGCAAAGGAUUUUUUCGGAGAACUGUGCGUGCGGGGAAGAAUUACAUUUGCCGUUAUGACCAGAAAUGUCGCAUCGACAAAGCUGGACGAAACGUCUGCCGUUCGUGUCGAUUUCAAAAAUGUCUCGAUGUGGGAAUGGAGCCAGAUGCCAUCCGACCCGAUCGAGACAAAACGGGCCGACAAAAGAAUCCAAGAAGAAAUGGCAGUCAUUUGAUAAAUGGCCUCGACCCGGCUGUUGUGAAAAAAUUAUCUAGCGCUUCUAUGCUUGGUGAUUUACCCUGCGUCAAUAAAAGAGAUGAUUCAGACGACAAUCCUACUUCACCGUCAUCUCGCGCUGAAUCGGCUCCAGCUGUUGACAUUCGCCCCACGCCUUGUGACGAAAUCCUCACAACCCUUCGGGAAAUUGAGCAGAUUUGUCUGCAAUUGCGAGAUGUGGCCCCUGUGUCGCCUAUGGCUCGACCCACUCUUCUAGACUGCGUUCACCGUCCUUCGCUCAUCACCCCCAGAUCUCAGCUCAUAUUUGAUGGUUCUAAUGGUCCGGGAAGUCUCACAACAAUCUCUGAAAAUGUGCGACGGAUGAUUGUGCUGGUUUUCGACUAUGCCAACACAUUAAAACCGAUUGCUGACAUCUUGCCGGAAGAAAAGAUUGCGUUGAUCCGAAAUUGCAUCACACCGUUCGCGCUGCUGAUGCUGAGUUUCUACUCGUCAAAGGGCGAUUCGGACGCUGUGUACCUACCAUCAGGCCACACGCUUCCCUCGGACAUGUCGCUGUUCUCUUCGGUUCUUGACGACGAUAAGCGCCAUCUGGUUAUGAUCGGCAAGUGCGAGGCAGUUCGCCGCGGAUUGGUCGAUCAAGUCAUAAACCAGUUGAGAAAACUGCAUGUGACCGAAACUGAACUUCUUGCACUCAAGGCCAUCAUGGCUCUCGAUCCUAAUGUGAAGGCUUUGUCGAUGAAGUCAUCUGGGCAUUUGCUUGUUGGACGUGAAUCAGUGCAGAAUGCAUUGUUUGCACAUUUGAUGGCGAGGUAUCCUGCUUCUGAAGCCACCGCUCGAUUUGGUCAUCUUCUGCUGUUGAUCGCUUCUGUUACGAAAGUCGCAUCCGCACUCACGGGCCUGCUACAAUUUGGCAAGGACAUAUCGUUGCCGGUCGAUCCACUCCUGGACGAGUUGCUUAUGAAAGAAUUCUGAUACGCAGCGACCCGCUAAACCUCUCAUCAAUCUUGCAAUUAUCAGAACUUAAUUUUUGCGCUCUUAAAUAACGGGUCCUAAACAAUCUAUUUUGAUUAGGUUUUUGUUUGUUUAUCUUGUUUCUUUCUCGUUUUGAUACUGAUCAAUCAUUGCCAAAUUUACUUCGCAGUAGAGUUGUGAUAAAUUGCUGUAUCCUUUCGUUUGUCAUGGUAUAUUUUGUGUAGCUCGUUCUUGCUCAGCUUUUCUCUCGGUUACAACGCUGUGACCCUCUCAUAGACACACUUUCACCAACUAAGGGUAGAUCUUGUUUGUUUUACGUUACUUUAUGCUUGUUCUGUGUGCGUUUGUGUGUAAGUGUAGUGCAUGUCCGUCUCUUGGCCGAUCAUCAGACCCCGUUCUUUCACCCGUUAUCCUGGGAUUUGCCUGUUUUGCAUUAUAUUUUUGUACAUCAUGUACGUACAUGUGAUGUGCGUAUGUAAACUUCUUAUAUACCCCGUAUAGUCCUGACAGUUCCUUAAUCUUCAUUUAAAACGAAUAGCACAUGAAACUGCUGCAACCCCGUGUCAUCUCUCUUUCUUGAUCAGUCAUUGGAAGUAUUCGGCAAUUUGUGAUAAGAUGAAUUUUAAUAAAGUGUUACAACG